AUGGCUUCCAAUUCUAUAGCAUCGUCAGGUUUAGUUAAAAGAACUCAAAAAGAAUGGGCAUUACCCACAAAUUCUCAACCUCUUCCCCAGCUAUAUCUCUACAAUAGUCUCAGCCGUCGCAAGGAUCUAUUUGUUCCAAACCAAGGCAACGUAGUGAAGUGGUACAUAUGUGGGCCGACAGUUUACGAUAGUUCUCAUAUGGGCCAUGCAAGAACCUAUCUAUCAGUAGACAUCCUUAGACGAAUAAUGACUUCCUAUUUUGGCUACGACGUACAGUUCAUCAUGAAUAUCACUGAUAUUGACGACAAAAUCAUAAAGAGAGCUCGUCAGCGCCAUUUGCUCACAAAGUACCUCGAAACUAAUAAGAACGCUCCCACCAUCGAGAGAAUUGUUGAGGAUGUCGUGGCAGCUCUAGAGAACUUCAGAAAGAAAUACGAGAACGAAACAGACAUGGAUAAAAAGAAGAUGUACGAAACUCUGAUUGGAAAAGUUGAUGCUUGCGCUCAACUUCUGGAGAAUGCGCUGCAGAACAAGGACAAUGCAGCUAUCAAUGAUGCUAAAGAUCAGCUCCUGAACGAAGCACGAGAUGUUCUUUCUGAUUGGUUGGAUGGUAAAUUUGGAAGCGCGGUCAAUGAUCACAGCGUGUUUGAUAACCUCGCUAAAGCGUACGAAAGCGAAUUCCUCCAGGAUAUGGCACGCCUCAACGUUCUUCCUGCAGACAUCGUAACCAGGGUCUCAGAAUAUGUGCCAGAGAUUGUCGCCUAUGUGGAAAAAAUAAUAGCGAACGGAUAUGCUUACACUACUAAUGACGGCUCUGUGAGUUUUCUGUCGAGGUUUGCUUGGAUUCGAGGACUGCUCGAUUCUACUCAGUAC